CUUAGAACUACUCUGAAAUCUAGGCACACUAAUUCGCUUCAAAUGUCACUAACGGACCAAUCCAAUCCAAAAUCCAGGUGUCUGGACUCUGGCGGGAUUUUCGCCGAUUGUGGCAGACGUAGUUGACGUAGCUACUGUCGUAGUCACGUUGUGACGCCGUGUCGCGCAGUGAUGGCUUCACGCCGAUACCAACCGGGGGACCGGCUGCUAGGCAGGGAACUGGGGGACGCCCGGAAGCGAUGGGAGUCGGACGGGUAUGAAUACGACAUCUUUCCCCAACUCCCUCCGCCAGAGGCCCACCCUCCGAAGCGAUGGCGGUACCACGAGCAAGACAGUCCGUCGUUGUUGUCUGAGGCAGGCUGGGAAGCAGAAGACGCUUCGCGACGGCCUUCACAAGCCAAACAAGCAUCUUUCUGGAGCACGCCGAGCAGCCGCAAGCCCGCAACUCCGAGGGGCUCUGCUGCAAGGUCGUCCGCGGUGCAUUCUGUCCACACAGAGCGCGAGCCCUCAGAAUCUUCAAAGAGGGCAGACGUUCCCGAGGCGUCGACUUCGGGCGUCGGUCGCCGUCCCUCGACCCCGAGGAGUUUGAUGGCUUCACGCCGAUACCAACCGGGGGACCGGCUGCUAGGCAGGGAACCGGGGGACGCCCGGAAGCGAUGGGAGUCGGACGGGUAUGAAUACGACAUCUUUCCCCAACUCCCUCCGCGAGAGGCCCACCCUCCGAAGCGAUGGCGGUACCAGGAGCAAGACAGUCCGUCGUCGUUGUCUGAGGCAGGCGGGGAAGCAGAAGACGCUUCGCGAUGGCCUUCACAACCCAAACAAGCAUCUUUCUGGAGCACGCCGAGCAGCCGCAAGCUCGCAACUCCGAGGGGCUCUGCCGCAAGGUCGUCCGCGGGGCGUUCCGUCCACGCAGAGAACGAGCCCUCGGAAUCUUCAAAGAGGGCAGACGUUCCCGAGGCGUCGACCUCGGGCGUCGGUCGCCGUCCCUCGGCCUCGAGGAGUUUCGGCACGAGGUCGUCCGCAGAACGACUUCGGCAGGCAGGACGGGAACCGUCUCCACAGUCUUCUGGGGACGACGAGGGGCCCGCGGUGUCUACAUCCGGCGUCCAGCGCCGUUCCACAGUUCCCGAGGCGUCGGCUUCGGGCGCCGGUCGCCGUCUUGGGACCUUGAGGAGUUUCAGCUUGAGGUCGUCGGAGGAACAACCUCGGCAGAUGGAACGGGAGCCAUCUCCACAGUCUUCCAUGGACGACGAGGGGCCCCCAGUGUCUGCGUCCAGAGUCCAGCGCCGUUCCGCAGGGGCCAAACCCACGCCAGAAAGACGUCCGCCGACCCCGGCGCGCCAAGCUCCUGCACAGCCAUCGGCGGCGACACGCCGAGCUCCAGAGCCACCGGCACCGGAGCCUUCGGCAUCAAAGGGACCCGGCAGGAGGCGAAAGUCUACCUCUCCCAGGAGGGGCAAUGGGAGGCCGAAGCUUCGUGCCCCACCCUGGCUGAAGAACAUCCGUCACCUCCAGAGGACCACGCGGCUCCUCAUUCCGCGGCUGUCGUUUGCGCGAGUGGUGAGGGAGAUACUGCAGGGUUUGGCCCCCAGUCGCUCCGACUGCUACUACAUGCAGGGGCUCGCCUUGCAGGCGCUACAGGACGCGUCGGAGGACUUCGUGACGAACUUCCUGUCGGCGAGUUACCUGUGCUCCCUUCACGCCAAGAGAAAGACUUUGAUGAGGCCAGACAUGAUUUUCCUCCAGACCCUCCUCAAGGCCUUUGGCGCCAGCAUCGCCACAUCCUUCUGAAGCCGCCCUCUUCCUCCAGACGCGGACUGUGCUCUGUACAUAGCUUCAUUUCACCGACAUUGUAUAUAGUUUGCUUUUCAUCGUUGCAUUUCCAACACUCCGUUCGCCCCCAAGCUGACAGUGCGGUGGAAGCUUGUCGCCGCACUGUCGGCUCUGGGACGAAUGUGCGGUCGCGGGCCCAAGAGGCAGGAAAGCACCACCUUGCAGGUUCGAUCGCAUUUCAGUUUUUUGCGUCCGCAGCCAUGUGCGGACGAAUUCAUUCACUCGUCGACAAUCUCUCUCUUCCUCCUGUCUUUUUAGUGUUUUAACUGUCAACUCGUGCUUUUUGCUUUUCAACGACAAAGUUGCGUUUGCGAUGUUACCGGACACUCGACCCGCAUUCGCCAACGCGUCAGGUUCCUCUGCGGAGGACGAGCGUUCAGAAGCGUCGCCUCGCAGGUUCGAUCGCGUUCCAGUUUCUUGCGUCCACGGUUGUGUGUGGACAAAGUCGUUCACUCGUCGACAUUCUCACUCUCUUCCUCGCGCCUUUUUAGUGUUUUAACUGUCAACUCGUGCUUUUUGUUUUUCGACGACAAAAACAAAUCAUGGCACUCAAAUGCCGAGGCACAAUAUUCCUAAUUUACUAAAUCUUUAUGAAUCGAAAAACUUGGACUGGAAUAAAAUGUCAAUAGGGGAAAUCCGUUCAUUAUAUAUUAUAGGUAGUCAUGAUAACUAGUUAAAAUCUUUGUUUUCGUAUUUGAUAAUAUUGCUUUAUCUGCCAUGAAUUUUUGCGUAUUGCAUCCUCUGUGUGUGUGUGUGUGUUUUUUUUUUUCUCUUUUUGUUUUUUGUUUUUCCUGUUGUGUUUUGUCGCCGUGCACUGUAGGCGAUCAAGAGCUCGUCAAGCUGUGUAUGCAGCUUUUUCCCUUGGUCGCCGCCAUCGAGUGAGAUGGAAAUAAAAUAUAUUAUUAUUAUUAU